AUGUCCACUUCAUGGCCAGCCCUCUCCCACCUCGUCCACCGCUUCGGGCAUGACACGCCACCUCUGGACUCGGCUCCGGCUGGGUGGGAGCCGGGUGGAAAUACCCCCCUCCCCAAACAGAUCGCCAUGCUGAACGUUGCUAUUGCUGGUUCUGGCAUCAGUGGUCUGGCUGCUGCCAUUUCUCUCCGCCGGAGCGGCCACAAGGUUACCAUCUACGAAAGAUCGUCCCUCAAUAAUGAAGUUGGUGCUGCUAUCCACGUCCCGCCAAACGUUGGCCGCUUCCUCGUCCCCUGGGGGAUGGACCCGGUAAAGGCACGCCUGGUAGAGUGCAAAUACAUGUCCUUUCACAACCCUUUUACGCUUGAGGAAGUAAUCAAGCAUGACCAUUCCAAUGACCCCGAGAUGUUCGGUGCCCCUUUGCGAAUGGCCCACCGCGUCGACCUGCACGAAGCCCUGAAGCAGUUGGCAACCGAUCCGAAUGGGCCCGGCAUUCCGGCUCAGAUCUUUGUCAGAUCGGAGGUUAUCGCCUAUGAUCCCGAGAAGCCAUCCAUGACUCUUGCCGACGGCACAGUUGUGGAGGCCGAUCUGAUCAUUGCUGCCGACGGCGUCCACUCCAUCGCUGCCAAAGCUAUUACCGGCCAGCCGAUGGUGCCUCAGCCGGCACAGACCAACAACUGCUGCUACCGCUUUCUGAUUCCCACAGAGCUGCUCCGGAACAGUCCUGAUACCAAAUGGUUCCUCGAGGGCCAUCCUAAUGAUGGCACUCGCAUCUUUUCCGACAUACCGGGUCGCAGACGCAUCGUCACAUAUCCUUGCCGCAAUAAGGAAUUUAUGAACUUCGUCGCAAUAUGCUACAACGAGAAGAUGUCGGCCAAGGAGGAGGAUUGGCACGCUUCGGUAGACAACUCCGAAGUUCUGGAGCAGUUCGCCGGGUUCCACGAGGGACUUUGCGCUGUCAUCUCCAAAGCAACGGAGGUUAAGAGGUGGCCCCUCCUGUUCCGCCCCCCUAUCGCGAAGUGGUGGAAGGCCAAGAUGGCCGCUAUCGGCGACGCUGCGCAUCCUAUGCUGCCGCACAUGGCUCAAGGUGGUGCCCAGGGUAUCGAAGACGGCUGCGCGAUUGGCCUUGUCAUGUACGGCGUCACAGACCCGUCCCAGAUCCCCCAGCGGCUUGCCGUCUACCAGAAGGUGCGGUAUAACCGGGCUUCAUUCAUCCAGAUCGCCAGCAACUAUGGCUUUGACGACCAUGUGCAGUCGGAGCUGGCCAACUACCUGGAGGAUCGUACGAUGCCGAAGAGCGUAACGGACAUGGUUCACGGCAACUACACCUACGAUGUCGUGAAAAAGGUCAUUACCGUCAUGCGCGCCGACGUCGACCCCAACUAUGAGCUGCCCCCUGAUUUCUACGCCGCCGCCAAGUCGGCAGCGGCUGCCAACAGCAAUGCUAACGGUCAUGCUAAUGGCAAUGCCAAUGGUCACGCCAACGGCAACGCCCAUUAA